AUGUCGCAGGAGACUUACGACGCCCCAGGAACUUCCUCAUCUAUCGAUCCUUUUAAGUUGGUCUUCCAUGUCGACAUCUUUAUACUCGCAGCUGCUGGAGUAUUCGCUCUCGCAUCAUUUCCAAGAGCUAUCGCUCGUUUUUCCCGUGCUGCAGAAUGGCGGCAAGGCCACAUUCUUAGAUCUGUGAAUUUAGAGCAAAGGAGGCCUCGAAGACCUGCGAUGCGUACUGUACAAUCGUUGAACGAGCAACAGGGUAGUAGUGAAGGGCCCGCGGACAUGACCACUGAGGAAUCACAUACCUACUUCUCGCACAGUCAUCUGGUCCGACAUCCGCAAGCGAAGCCAGCAGGCUGGUCACUUCCUCCUCAUGUCCGGGCGUGGUCUUCUAUUGUCCCCCCUGUCGCUUCCCUGUUACGAUAUAGAAUUGAAGCUGGGCUAUCCCUCGGCCAAGUGCUGAUAUUGACGAUAUACUUCUCAGUCCUCAUUUAUGCUACAUUCCUCGACUCUAACCCCUUUGAUGAUCCUUAUAGAAGUGGAUUUGUGGCCAUGUCCCAGAUUCCUGUCGUGUAUAUUUUGGCAACCAAGAAUAAUUUAUUGGGCAUGUUUAUUGGUGUGGGAUAUGAGAAGUUGAAUUAUAUCCAUCGUUUUUCGGGGAAAAUGUUGUUGCUUGCAUCAAAUAUACACGCGGUGGGCUAUUUCUAUCAGUGGUCUUAUCAAGGAACUUUCAAGAAGUGGAUAAGUUAUCCUAGCAAUUCGUGGGGUCUUGCGGCCCUCAUUUGCCUCGAUAUUCUGUACUUUUUUUCAACGUCAUUCUGGCGUCAGAAAGCAUACAACAUAUUUUUCGCCUCUCAUGCCUUGGGAUUUGUGGUCUUUCUUCCUGCAGUCUACUACCAUCAACCUACUAUGCUACCCUAUAUAUUAACUGCCGCUGGUGCUUACGGCUUCGACCACCUCCUUAGGCUUCUGAAGACACGUCUAUGUAAUGCAAGAAUCCGGCCUAUUCCUGACAUGGUCACAACUCGCGUGGAAAUCCCAGAAUUGAACGCAGGAUGGCGUGCGGGUCAACACGUCCGAUUGCGCAUCAUCUCCUCAGGCAUGGGCUGGUGGGGUUGGGCCGAAACGCAUCCCUUCACCAUUGCAGGUGUGAGCAAAACGCAGGAGGGUCUUGUGUUGUUCUGCAAGAAGACGGGCGGUUGGACGAGCAAGUUGUAUGAGAUGGCAAAGAUAGCUGGAUAUGGCGAACGCGGGUUUGGUUCAGGUCGUAAUGUUAAGGUUAUGAUAGAGGGCCCUUAUGGCGGACCUGGACAUUCCGUAUUUGCAAGCUACUCAGCUGCCAUUUUUGUCGUUGGUGGAAGUGGUAUAACCUUUGCUCUCGCUGCUUUACAAGACUUGCUCCAGAGAGAUGCUGAAGGCGCGAGUAGAGUCAAGAUUAUCGAAGUGAUAUGGAGCGUCCAGGACCCAUCUUCGUUGACACCACUAAUUCCGCAACUCACGGCCCUAAUCCAGCAAAGUGUAUAUGCUCCUCUGAGAAUUUCAGUACAUUACACGCGCGCUUCUGCUUCUCCUGAACUAAACAAAGAGUUCCUUCCACCUGGCUUAUCUCUCAGCGCAGGUCGCCCCAAGACUGCAAAGGUGCUGGACGCUGUGAUCUCGCAAGCAGUGUCUUACGGAUCUGGUGUAAAAGCCUCUAUGGAUAUCACGGGCGUUGUCGUGGCAGUGUGUGGGCCAGUCGGGCUCGGUGAUGAAGUCUCGGGUAUUAUUGCACAGGUUGACGCUGGCAGGAGAUGGGCCGUUGGAGGCAUUGAAUUACAUGAAGAAGUUUUUGGGUGGUAA